CUAAUGUUCACUUAUGCUGGUUGCAUGGUUUCUAUAUAAAGCGGUCGACAGUGUUGGCGGGUUAUUCAAACUGCUGUCAGCACGGAGUAAGGACCGCGAGGGAACUCCCUACAAAUACUGCAGGGUGAAAGAAACAUUUUGAAAGAAUGUCCGAAAAACAAAGGUUUCUUGACAGUGUGGAUUCUUUGUCUGAUUUAGAGAAAUGGGCUGCAGAGAAUGAAUUGAUAAAUGAUGCUGAUGUGAAUUUAAAACGUAUUGAACUGCUUGCAAAUAACAUUAGCCAUAGGGAAAAUGUGACACCCUCUCAAGCACAGCACACUUGUCAUACAUGCAGGAAGACAUUCACACAGAAGAGAAAUCUUCUCCGCCAUGUUAGGACAGUGCACAACGACGAGAGAUAUAACUGUGAGCAAUGUGGAAAAUGUUAUUCCCGCCUGGAUGCACUUCAAAGUCACAAAUGUGAAACUACUCUGAAGAGGAAGGGAAGUGAAACAGCUACAGAAACCUUGGCGAAACGUCCCUGUCUGCAGCCUAAGAGUGACAGCAACAUUCCAGCCAGAUAUGCUAUCUGUAUUUGGUGUGGCCAUUGUAAAUGCUUACUGCCAAACAAGCUAUUCUGCAUGAGUUGUUCGCACUCAGGUCGCGAGUGCAUGAGUUGCCACCGUCCUCUCCCUGAGCGCUUCUACAGUGAGCGUGUGGACCAGUGUGAUGGCUGUGUGAGACGUCGUCAACGUUAUGAAGCAAGGCAGGGCAAUCAGACUGGUGGAGGUCAAAGGUCAGCACUGGAAGGCUCACUGAGAACAACAACAAUCACCCCUAGGGAAGCUAAUAAUGUGGAUAUCCUACAAUUUCUAGCAGAUGAAGAGACAAAUAUUGUUGAUAUCCUUCAGGAUUUUAUGUCAGAAAAGACAGGUAUGAAGUGGUUUCUCACUCUAAAGUUGAAAUAUAUCAAGUAUGACGAAAAUAACCAAAGUCAUUUGGCUGAACCUGUUCUGAGAAGUACCAAUUUUUGGGUGAGUAACCUAUCAGAAAUUAAUGAGCAGUUAGCUGAAGCUUUCCAAAAACUGUACACAUCUUCUCAAGAGUUUCAAGCCGAGGGCAGUGGUGGAUCUUAGACCACAUCAUUCAUCUUGAAGUGAAUACAGCUGAAUAUGUCCCCUUGUCAGCAUCCAGUUACAUUCCUUUACCCAAAUACUUGAAAAAUAAAAAAGCUAUUUUGAACAUC